CCUUGUUGUCCACCUGAAGCUAUCACAAAAUUGGUAAUCGGCUAUACUUCACUAUAAAAUAAAAAGUGUUUUUAAAAUAGUGGACUAUUUUGGAUAGCACUUGUGUGUAAAAAAAAGACACAGCGUUUGAGUCUCUCUAGAAAAUCCGAUGCUAAAUAACCCCUAGAGCCCAGUCACUGCUUUGAAGGCCGAGGCAUGGGUAGCCACCUCCCCAUUGGCUGCGGGGGACUCGCCCAGAUGUCUGGCUUUCACAUAAAAGACAGGAAGCACUGAAGUCAGUCUCCACUUCCACUCAAAGGGCGAAAGCAAAACCAGCAAAGGAGGAAGAUGGCAAGACUGUUGUUCCUUUUCCUCCCAGGUCUUGUGGCCAUAUGUGCCGUGCAUGGAAUAUUUAUGGACAGACUUGCUUCCAAGAAGCUGUGUGCAGAUGAUGAGUGUGUCUAUACUAUUUCUCUGGCCAGAGCUCAAGAAGAUUACAAUGCUCCAGACUGUAGAUUCAUUAACGUUAAAAAGGGGCAGCGGAUCUAUGUUUACUCAAAACUGGUAAAAGAAAAUGAAGCUGGAGAAUUCUGGGCUGGCAGCGUCUAUGGCAAUCAGUCUGAGGAUGAAAUGGGAACCGUGGGUUAUUUUCCCAGCAACUUGGUCCAGGAACAACAUGUGUACCAAGAAGCUACCAAGGAAGUUCCUACCUCGGAUAUUGACUUCUUUUGCGAGUAAGAAGUUAGAAAAAAAAAUUCGCCAAUAGAAAGGAAACAUCAGAAAUAAAGAAAAAAACAAAAACCACCAAAAAA